AUGCACCAGGUACAAAGCGUGCUUCGCAGCUUCUUGGCGAAGGUCUGCUUGGUGGCGGCCGCCGAGGAAGCCGAGGCCGCGGCCGCGGCGGCCGCGGCGGCCGAGGCCGCAGCGGCCGCUGCCAAAGCCCAGGCUGGCGCCUGCGUGGCGGCGGUGCUGCGGCGGUUCCAAGCACGACAGCAGCUGCAGGCCGCCGCCGCGGCUUUCGCAGUGAAAGAGGAGGCGGCACGGCUCUUGCAGAGCGCGGUCCUGCGCUUCGGAGCUCAGGCGCUGCUGCUGCAGCUCGGCGCAGAAGACGCCGCGCUCAGAGAGGCCGCGGCGCUGCGGCUGCAGAGCGCCCAGCGCACGCACAGCGCGCAGCGGGAGCUGGCCAGGCGCAAGGCCAGAAGGGACGGCCUUUUGUUGCUGAGCCCCGGCAAGCACCGCGCCGUGCGGCAGCUGCAAAAGUGCUGCCGACGCUACCUGGCCCAGUGCACCUUGCGUGCGGCGGAGCACCGGCGGUCCCGGGCGGCCGCACAGGUGCAGGCCUUGUGGCGAGCGCACCGCUGCCGCCUGCAACUGGCAGAGACGCUGCGCGAGUGGCGGGACGGCCGGGCGCAGGCGAGGACACUUUCCACUUUCGGCUUGGCUCAAGUUGCCAAGUGGCCGCAUGGCGCCCGGCCUUGGCCUGCGCUUCCGGCUGGCCGCUUCCGACUGAUGCAAUCCUGCAGCGAGCUGUUGCGCGGAUCGCGGGAGCGAGCAGCCCGAGGCAAGCUCUUGUCCCUGGUCAGCGACGAUGAGCGUCAUUUGAUCCUCAGCUUUCUGCUGGGCGACCUCGCGUGCUAUGCGGCCAUGGCCGCCCUGGACAAAGCCCUGAGCGUCGCCGUGCGGUGCCCGGGGGCCUGGCAGCACACCACCAUCCGCAUCCCGCGCACCGCGGAGCUGCGGAACCUGCUGGACCUCGCAGGCAGCUGGGCCCUGGCGCGGGAGGCGGUGCUGCCGGCCUUCCCGAAGCGCCGGGCGCUGCAGCAGCGCCUGGAGCAGCGCUGCCCGCAGCUCCAGAUGUCGCUGCAAGGGGAAGGACCCUUCAUGCUCUUCGUGAUGGGCUGCAGCCUGCCGGUGGGCAGCGGCAUGCCACUGCACUUCUUCGAGCCCAGGUACAGAUGGAUGUGCCGUCGGCUCUUCGCCACCUCCCCACCCCACGUCUUCGGCUUUGUGACUGGCGGCCGCGCACGCGAGGGGGUGGAGGGGGUGCUCUGCGAGGUUCGGGAUCUGUCGGUGAACCACAACGGCACCUACGACGUCUUCGUGGUGGCCAAGUCCUCCUUUGUGCUGAGCGAGGUGUGGCUCGAAGAGCUUCCCUAUGGUGCGCCUUUGGCCGUGGGCUUCGUCGAGCGCCGGCAAGAGGUCAAGACGAGCCGCGGCGCUCGCAUCUCCGGCGCCGCAUGGCUGCGACGCCUGGCGAAGCGUCUCUGCUGCCCAAGGAGAGGUUGA